AUGGCCGACCAGAACCAGCAAGAGAAGGAAUUCUCCAUCCAGCCCAUUGACGAUACCAACAAGGAUCAAGGCAAGGGCUUCAUCGAUGCUAUCAAGUCCAAGGUCGCUCCUCAUGUCGCGGCUCCAGGCCCGGCCCAGUCACAUGACCACAGCCAGAUCCCUCAGGAGGGGACAAAGGAGGAGCGUCUGGCGAAGGCCAAGGAGAUCAACAAAUAG